AUGAGGUCAUUAGGAGUAGAACACAGGAAUAGUUUUAUUAGGGUUAGAAUAAUUUCAGUACAAAAGUGUGCAAUGUUAAGAGUCUUAUAUGAAAUGAUUGUGUGUGAUUCCGCCGAGGGGCGCUGUUUUCGAGCUUGGUGUUCGGCUGGUGCACAGCAGGAGUAGAGGAGAGAAAAGUAAAACUCCUCCACUUCUCCUCCAUCAGCAUGCUGAGAGCCACACAGCACGGAACCGUGGAGUUUAUCACUCAGCAGCGCAGGAACCGGGGAGUCGGGACUACAACCGUGUCUCUGUAAAAUCGAUGGAUCCUUUAUAAAAGACUGGAAAGCCCUUUUUUUUUUUUUUUAGAGUAUGGUUUCUCGGAGUGUUUAAGGGUUGGUGAAAAAAACAUGGGAAUACAGUUAACAGGAUUAUUUUGUCUGCUCGUGUGUUGUGAACUUCUCUCCUACAGGUUUGGGAAGAGUUUCCACACGCACUCCGGUAAUAACGCACCGAGGUCCAGCCCCGAGAGCGCACCGUCACUUCUGACUAACAGGAAAGUCUUUAACGAAGUGGACGAAGCUCAUGUCCAGUGGGAAGUUACAGGUGUCAGGACGGACAUUAGAAGCGGAACAUUAAUUGCGCACACGGAUAAAACACUGGACACACUCGGAUCACGCGCGGACACCAGCCUGCCCUGGACGCACACACUUGAACGGAAGCGCAUGAAAGAUCCUGGGGUGUAUCGCCGAGCCAGGAGAGCUGCAAGGACAAAUCAAAGUGAAAUAGGAUCAGUAGUUAAGAAGUCGGAAAUCCUUCCUAAACCAUCAGCUCAGCAGCAGCCCACAGAGCCGCCCAGUGUCUUCCCUACACAUGACCCCGAGUUAUCUUUCCCUGAAGAGGAAUACGAGGACAGCACUCCACUCGGCCCUAUUAACACCCGACCCAGAGCUCCUGGGCUCCCAAACCCGUUUUAUCCCGUCACAGGGGAAUCAUACGCUGCGUACGCGAUUAUAUUAGUGUCUGUAAUCAUGUUCACAGCAGGGAUAAUCGGCAAUAUCGCAAUCAUGUGCACCGUGUGUCAUAAUUACUACAUGCGCAGCGUCUCCAACUCACUGCUCGCCAAUUUGGCCCUGUGGGAUUUUCUCAUCACCUUCUUCUGCUUACCCUUAGUCAUAUUCCACCAGCUGACGAAGGACUGGCUGCUGGGAGAGUUUUCAUGUAAAAUCAUACCAUACUUUGAGGUGGUUUCUUUAGGUGUGACUACGUUCUCACUUUGCGCUUUGUGCAUCGACCGUUUCCGAGCCGCAUCCAACGUGCGAAUGUACUACGAAACCAUCGAGAACUGUGCUUCCACUGCAGCUAAGCUGGCUGUGAUCUGGCUGGGUGCUCUUCUUCUGGCCUUGCCCGAGCUGUUAAUCCACCAGCUGGUAACAGAGGAGAGAGAGGUGCCUGCUGAGGAGCUCCCUGAGGUGGUUAACAAGAUGCUACCCAGUGAGCGCUGUAUAAUCCGCAUCUCUACAACACUCCCCGACUCCCUUUACGUGCUGGGACUUACCUACGACGGAGCCCGUCUGUGGUGGCACUUCGGCUGCUACUUCUGCCUGCCUACUGUUUUCACCAUUAUCAGCUCAGUGGCGACAGCUCGGAAGAUACAGCAGGCUGAGAGGACGAGCGUUCGAGGGCAGCGUGAGCAGAUACACCUGGAGAGACGGAUGAACUGCACGGUAGUGGCUCUGGCCAUCCUGUAUGGGUUUUGUGUGAUCCCAGAGAACGUCUACAACGUCGUGUCGGCAUACAUGGCCGUAGGAAUGCCGCAACGCACUCUGGACAUCCUCCACCUGCUUAGCCAGAUGCUGCUGUUCUGUAAGUGUGCAGUGACGCCCGUGCUGCUGUUAACGCUUUGUCAGCCUUUCAGCAAAGCUUUCCUGCAAUGCUGCUGCUGCUGCCUGGACGGAUGUGGCCCACCGAAGUUGUCGAAUGGGACUAAUGGUGACAACGAGAACGAGACCACUACUGAGCUGGAGCUCUCACCUUAUAGUACAGUGCACAGAGAGCCAGCUAGCUAUGCAACUGUCAGCACACACUGCUAGGAGACUUUAACCUGUGCACAUACUGUGCUAUACCCAAACUCAUACACCGAUCAGGCAUAACAUUAUGAACACUGACAGGUGAAGUGAAUAAGACUGAUGAUCAUCUCAUCAUGGCAUCUGUUAGUGGGUGGGAUAUAUUAGGCAACAAGUGACCAUUUUGUCCUCAAAGUUGAUGUGAGAAGCAGGAAAAAUGGACAAGCCUAAGGAUUUGAGUGAGUUUGACGAAGGGCCAUCAUCAGAUCAUAACCAAAACUACAGCUCUUGUGGGGUGUUCCUGGUCUGCAGUGGUCAGUAUCUAUCAAAAGUGGUCCAAGGAAGGAAUAGUGGGGAACCGGCGACAGGGUCAUGGGCGGCCGAGGCUCAUCGAUGGACGUGGGGAGAGAAGGCUGACCCGUGUGAUCCGAUCCAACAGACGAGCUACUGUUGCUCAGAUUGCUGAAGAAGUUAAUGCUGGUUCUGAUAGAAAGGGGUCAGAAUACACAGUGCAGGACGGGUCAGGGCUGUUGUGGGGGAGCAAAAGGAGGACCAAUACCAAUAUUAGACAGGUGGUCAUAAUGCUAUGCCUGGUUGAUGUACAUACACUCUAUACCAUAUCAUACCCAAAGGAUACCACAUUAUACCAGAAUUUAUAAACAGGCUACUGUUUCAGAUCUGGUGUCUGACUUUGGGUUCUAAAUCACCUGCCAUGUUUUGGGAAAUCCCAACAAACAGACAUACAGAAUUUACAGUAUUAUAGAGCAGAUUGUCUUAGACUUGUACUGUUUACAGAAGAAACCUGUGAGCGUUAACUGUAGUUUAAAUGGAGUUCAUAGGGAUUAUGAAUUAACUUUUUGCACAGUUGUUAUAGCUACGUGAUGAAAGUUUACGUCUUAAAUUUCUUCCAAACACAAUGUAGUGUUUAUAAAGCUCGUGGAAAGUAAUGUUAAUGAGCUGGUAGUUAGAUGUAAUAUGUUGUAAAGGGAAACAAUGAUUCGUAUGAAUCAGGUGAAAAGUUUUAAAAGCCUGGCUGCCUUGCUAUGUAAGCAUUAUGUUCACUGUGUAUUUAGUAGCAGGAAGAACUGCAUCACUUCAGCUGACACUGUAAAUAAAGACUGCUAUUUUAGCUAAA